UCUGUGGUGGGAGGCUGGACCGCGCCGCCCCUCACUCGCGUCACUGCGAGGCUCAUUCCGCGAAAUCAGUAAAGUAGUCUUCAGUGAGCUUCCUUCAUCUCGUAGCAAGAAAUAUUACAAAAUAAGUGGAUGACGUUGGCGAAGAGCGGCCUCUCCUGGCGCCCCGCGGCUGCCGAGGCUCGCAAUGCCUACCGCGGUGGCUGCGUCCGAACGAGGCGACACGAACUACAAAGGGGUGGGACCCCUAGGGUGUUGACUCACGUUGACUCACGCAACACUCAGUCCCGAUUCUCAUCAACUAUUUCCGUGAUAAUCUGUGAGAAAUCUUGGAAAAUUCUUGUUUAUCAAAAUUCUAAAUGUGGCCGAGAGCCAUAUUCGGGCGGCGGCCCCGGGCGCGGGCAGGAGUGUAUUUAAGCAGCGGCAGGACGCGGUGCCCCUCAUUGCCGCUCUGUGGCUCUUGCCGUGUUGUGCUGUCCGCCCGUGUGCCAGUGUGACGCACCCCACGCCGCGCCAGUGCUAGUGUGUGCAGUGUGUUGUGCCUCAGAGCACCAGUGUUCUAGUGGUGAUUGUCCCGCCCGCUGACAGUGAACGAUGCCGAGUUCUGCUGUUGUCUUCUUUGGGUGCCUGAUGGUGGUGAUGAUGGAAGUGGCGGUGCCGGUGGCGGCCGAGGAGUGGCCCAUCCGCCCUUCUUACAACGAGGUGUACCCCGUCCAGCCCACCGUCAGCACCCCGCCAGACCGUAACUUUUCGGCGUCGCGGGCAAAGAACAUGAGCCAGACGACCGACCUGCGGGAGUUCCUCAUGCAGUUUGUGCAGGACGAGAGGAUCUGCUCCGACCCGAUCCUGCAGAACAUCAUCCUGGCCGAGGAUGAUGGCGACGAGCGAGCCAAGGUGUGGUGGAGCCGGCGGUGCAGGGGACGGAGGGGGGGCGGCCUGACCCGUCUUCCAACCCAGUCUGAAAGUACGUUGAUCAGAUACCGUCGCAAAAGUUCAAACCGUGACAAUCCUCAGAACUCACUGGACCGUUCUCGAGGCGAUGCCAAGAGGUGGAAGAAAGUCCAGAAUUUAAUGAAGGACAAAAGGAUCAAGUGCAAACCCAAGAAGGCAGCGGUGCCACUUCCCAACCCGAAUCCCUACCACACCGUGCUGAAGCCCGAGUGUGUGUACAUCAAGCAGUGCAGCGGCUGCUGCAACUCCCCGCAGCUGGAGUGUGUCCCCGUCAGGACCAAGACCAAGACCUUCCCUGCGAUGGCAAUCACUCCCACGGCCAGAGGUCAUCGCUUCAGCGAGAACGAGAAGAUCAAAAUGGUGAAAGUGGAGGAACACAGGGAAUGUCAGUGCGAGUGUAAGGUGAGGGCUGAACACUGCUCGCCCGUCCAGGAGUACAACGAGGACGCGUGCCAGUGCCAGUGUCCCAGGAACCUCAACCGCUCCUGCCCGUCGAGAAAGGUUUGGAACGAGAAGGAAUGUCGGUGUGAGUGUAGGGACGUUCAUACCUGUACCACUGGCCGCUACUUCGACGUCAACUCUUGCAGGUGCGCCGAGCCCAUGUACUACUUUAAAUAGUGGGUCAGGGGAGUCAGGGGCCGCGGCUCACUCACUGCUCACUGCCCGGCGGCGGACGCGAAACGCGGCUUUGUUGUUCGGUGUGUGUUGCUCCUCCCUCUCCUCCUCCUCUCCGCGGCGAAUCAAAACGGACGAGCAGUGCACAGUGAAGGCUACAAGUAGUCUUCGUCCUGCAUUAGACCGGUAACUCCUGACUGUAAUCCAGCUCCUCGUCCUCGUCGUCCGCCUCCUCCCCCCAGCGCGUGGAUACUUGGACUCUGUGUCUCCGUCGUCGACUUCGCUGCACCUCGGUCAUGGCUCGAUCUUGCUGCCGUGGUGUGGCUUGCCACAGUGUUGAGCUUCACACAGCGACACGAUGAUUGCAUUCCAAACACUAUAUACCUCGCCCCGUCUCGCCCUCUUCCCCCCCUCCCUCAUCCACAUUGGCCCUCCCCUCACUGGCCACACUAUUUCCUGGGGAUAGUCUAGAUUAUACAUGUAACCUCUGUUUAAAAUAUGAAAGUAUCUCGGCACACGUGUAUUACAGUACAUUGCAUGAGUGUGUGUGUAUGUGUGUGUGUGUGUGUGUGUGUGUGUGUGUGUGUGUGUGUGUGUGUGUGUGUGUGUGUGUGUGUGUGUGUGUGUGUGUGUGAAGUGAUGCUUUGAGUCCUUUGUAAAGCUAAAGCUUGGAGGAAGGGCUGUAGCGCGGCGUGGAGGAGGCUGGCUCACCCAUCCACGGUCACAUCACAGCGUCUCGCCUCUGUGUGUUUUGUGUGCCCUCCGUGCCCCCACCACUCAUGCUGUGCACUUGUAUGUGUGGCAUCUCGCCUCUGUGUCCUGUGUGCUCUCCGUAUCCCCACCACCCAUGCCUUGCAGUUGUGUGUGUUGCAUCUCUCCUGUACCGCAAAUGAUCUCCCCUAUCACCUUCCCAUCUAUGGCCAGCAGGUCCCGUGUG